GAUUCGCUUGUGGAUACCAAAUGGUUUCGACCGGGUGCGACGCAAUCGACAAAGCCAACAGGCAAUAAAUGGAUGAAGCAAGUGAAAAAAUCGGAAGCAAUUGAACUGGAGGACUAUGUGAUUGCACGUCGACCUUUUUACGCUCGUUGGUACCAGAAUUAUCAGAAUCGUGCUCUGGCCAAACGUCUUGAAAAGUAUGAUGAAGACGAAGCGAAAGUGUUCGUGGCGCAAAAGCUUUUCAAAGUGGAUGGGAUAAUAUGCGAUGAGCAGACCAAACUGCUGCUAAUCCAAUCCAUUGUUCUGGUACCAGCUCAUGCUCGAGCAACUGAUGAAUCCACUGAGCUGAUCCGAAAAUAUGGGUAA